AUGGCAGCAAGACUUGUUCUUCUUCCCUUGGCUCCUCCUAUAAAACCUCCUCAUUCACCCCUCCAGAUUUCUCCAUCCCUUUCCAAUUCCAAUUCCAUUUUCAGAACCAAAUCUUCAACCCAGUCUCCGACGAUCCCAAUCACCAUGGCCGGCAUCAAGGUUCACGGAGUUCCCAUGUCCACCGCCACCAUGCGCGUCCUCGCCGCUCUCUACGAGAAGGAUCUCGAUUUCGAGUUAAUCCCCGUCGACAUGCGGGCCGGUGCUCACAAGCAGGAGCCCUUCCUUUCCCGCAACCCGUUCGGUCAAAUUCCUGCUCUCCAAGAUGGUGACUUGACGCUUUUCGAGUCAAGAGCCAUCACAGAGUACAUAGCAGAGGAAUACAGCGAGAAAGGUGAGAAGCUCAUGUGCCCAGGCUGCAAGAAAGUGAAGGCCAUCACCAAGGUGUGGCUUGAAGUUGAAGGUCAGCAGUUUGACCCUGUCGCCUCCAAGAUUGCCUUCGAGCGUAUUUUCAAAGGCAUGUUCGGCAUGACCACCGACCCAGCCGCCGUCGCAGAGCUCGAAGGCAAGCUCGUCAGGGUCCUCGACAUCUACGAGGCCAGGCUCGCCAAAUCUGACUUCCUCGCUUGCGAUUGCUUCACUCUCGCUGAUCUUCACCACCUCCCAGCCAUCCAUUACCUGAUGGGCACCGACUCCAAGAAGCUCUUCGAGUCUCGCCCUAAGGUUAGCGAGUGGGUCAAGCGGAUCACUGCCAGGCCAGCCUGGGCUAAGGUUGUCGACCUCCAGAAGCACUGA